AUGAGUAAGGAAACCGUAUGUGAAGAAAAGCGUUUCACUUGGGAUGUUCGCAAAACGUCUUAUACUCAUAAAAUUCGAUUGAACGCUCACAAACGCAAACAUACUGAUCCCGCAACAUAUUUGCACUACAAUGGAACCAGAACAACUCCUGACUUGCUUCUGGCUUCAACCGACAUCAGCGAGCAUACACACAGCACAAUUAUUGACGAUUCUGGUUCUGAUCACAAACCAAUCAUUGCUAGUAUUGCCAUUGGUACCAAGGAGAAUGAACUUCACCCAGGUCCCCUCACUUUCAACCAACAUCCUGACAAACUUUGCUGCGAUAUCACGAAUUUUAUGAUACGAUGUGCAAAGGAAACUAUUCUUCGUGGCAAGACUAAACACUAUCGAGUGUUUUGGUUUGAACACCAUAAACACUAUCGAGUGUUUUGGUCCAAACACCUUGAGGAAGCUAAAAGAAAGCGGGACGCCCUUCGCAACACUGCUGAUCAGUACUGGAAGCGCGACGCCCUUCGCAACACUGCUGAUCAGACUGGAAGAACGGACGCCCUUUGCAACACUGCUGAUCUGACUGAAAGAACGGAAGUCGUACAAGCCUGGAGACAGCAGUCAGCUGUCCUAAGACAAGCCAUCCAACCUCGCUCCCUAUUCCAGGUUCUUCAUAUCAUUCGAACCAUCGACAGUGAAGACUGUUCAAUCGUUAAUCUAACUUCCCAUACAUAUUCGGACUGCAUUCUUAAAACCCGCCGAGAUUUUGAACCCUCAAAUUAA